AUGCAACUAAAAGCUUACAUAAACAAAAUAAAAACAUUUCAUACCAUUCCUAAAGGAUUGCUGAAUAAUCAUGUACAAUCAAUAUCAACUCUUUUUACUCCAAACAUUGAAUUGCUACAAGGUUCAACAAAAGUACAUGAGGAUGUGUUACUCAGUAUAGAAGACUGUAAUUAUCUCCAGUACUAUUUAAAUGAAGAAAAUAAAAAGAAUGGUAAAAAAAUAUGGUUGCAUGAAUUGCUAGAAGGUUCUGAAAUUAUUUUACCAAAGAAUAAAGAGGUUGCUAGAGAUAAAGAACUUGAAAAAAGAUGCAACAGUCUGAGACAACAACAAGCCAAUGCAGCUUAUUUUAGAAUGACAAAGAAUUUUGACAUGAAAAAGUACUCCCCAGAUGACACCAUUGGAUAUCAAUUGAAGCAAAUUAACAAAGAUUUAUUAGCAGUUUUCCAGUUUAUAAUAUCAGUUAUUGUGGGCUUCAUAUUUGGUUUUUUUGGGAUUGAACUAUUGACUGGUUAUAUAGACCAUGGUACCAAAAUUGUACUGGGAAUUGUUUGUGCAAUAAUUGUAGCAGUUGCUGAACUAUCAAAAAGUUGUCCACAAUGUCGAAACAGGGUUACCGAAAAAACGAUACACAAAGCUUAUUUCAAUAUUUCAAAUGCUGAGCAAGCUCAAGAUGCCGCCAUUUUAUUGCACAAACUAGAUAACGCAAAUUUCUCAAUAUCUCUAAAAGAAAAGGAAAUAAAAACCAUAAAUGAAAAGAAAUACAAAUUAAAACAACAAAAUAAGUCAUUAAGAGAAGAAGUUGCUAGACUAGAAAAUAAUGAUCGAACUAUGGAAUCAACAAUGCAUGCUUUUAAGGACCAAAUCGUCUAUUUUAAGUCAAAAGCGAAGGACACUGAUCGACUAUCGGAUGAAAUUAUUAAAUUAAAAAGUACCAUUAGAAACAUGGAAAACGUUGAGGCAGUUCUUAAAGCAUCUAGAGAGCAGGUCAAUAAUAUCCUAAGAGAUGAGCAUAAUGUCGAAUCUUUAGCUCUAUUGGCAGCCACUCUAAAAAAAGCUCUUCUGGAUUCCGAAAAAAAAGUACGAGAAAUAGACUUCAGUUUGAAAAAACUAAAAAACGAAUACAGGAAACUCAAGAAAGAUUAUGACUUACUUCAGACACAAAAUGCAGACUCAAGGAGGGAAUUGCAACAACUAAAAAUAAAAAAUGAAAAAGAAAGAAACAUAUUGAAGCAGAGAUUAAAAGGUGCAAGUAUAAACAAUAUUAUAGUAGAACGUGUAGAAAAUAUUGUUAAUUCUGAUUCACCAUACCUACCUGUAAAAUCUAAUUUUGGUUCUUUCUUGGAUACUAAAUUUCAAGCACCUUCUGAUAAACCAGAAUCGUCUUUAAAUAAAGAAUACUCGUUUUUGAAGAAGAGUCAAAAAGUGCCAGAGAUUAAAAGUGGAACCAAAAAUGAUGAAGUAUGUUACAAUGGAUUAGGAGGUUCACAGAGAGAAGACAUUUAUCCAAUACCAAAAGGAUUGAAACGAAAUAAAUCUAGUAGCUCAAUUUCUUCAAGGAAAUUUAAAAAACUUGCUCCUAAUAUGAAUUCCAAGACCACUAUUACACAGUUCGUAAACCUUUGUGAAUAG